UUUUUUUUUUUUUAACUUACACAUGUGAGUGCUGCUGGUCGAUCGCCCAACUGCCGCGCCAAUCCGACGCAGAAUUAUCGGCUCUAUCGGAUAAGAGCGGAACGAGGGGCAUGGGGCGAGCUGGUGUCGGUGAACGGCGGCUGCAAAGUGCAGGGGUCGGCGGCGAGCGAGGUUUUGAGUGUUUCACGCUUUGUAACUCACGCUCGUUCCUGCCUCGUUCUCUCUCUCUUCUGCCUUGUUCUCGUUGCUCUUUGGUCCGAUCUGUGGUCCAUGACAAUGCCAUGGUCUUGCUUCCGUCUGCAGCGAGGACUUUUCGGAAACAAUGUCCGCUGAAGGAGAUGCUGUCGAACCCACGGCUGUCGAUGCCGCUGCCCCCGCCCCCGUUGAGGCUGCUGAGCCCAUGGACGUCAUGACCGCCCUCCAGAUCGUCCUCAAGACCUCGCUCGUUCACGACGGUCUUGCCCGUGGUCUCCACGAGGCUGCCAAGGCGCUCGACCGUCGCCAGGCUCACCUCUGCGUCCUCGCCUCCAACUGCACUGAGGCUGCCUACCUCAAGCUCGUCGAGGCCCUCUGCGCCGAGCACUCCAUCCCCCUCAUCACCGUCGACGACAACAAGAAGCUCGGCGAGUGGGCCGGUCUUUGCAAGAUCGACAAGGAGGGCAACGCCCGCAAGGUCGUUGGCGCCUCGUGCGUCGUCGUCAAGGACUUCGGCAAGGACACCCCUGCCCGCGAUGUCCUCAUGGAGUACUUCCGCACCAAGUCCCAGUAAACAAUCUGUAGAGAUGCUCCUCCAAGCGGGCAUUCGUGCCUGUUUGGUUUCUUUGCAGUCGCCCAUAAAACUGGAAUUGGAUGCGUUUUGAUCAUCACACAGUGACCUUUCUUGUGUGUGUGUGCAAUUGUUGUGCUGCGUUUGGUAGUAAGCAUUAAAACGGCCGUUCGGUUCUUC